AUGCCUGUCCAUUCUGCAAACAAACCUAAGAAGAUGAUUUCACGGUCGAGGAAGGGUCUUCACUUGAACCGGAAAAGAGCAGCUGGAAGUCGGCGGAUGCUGGAGAUGGAAGCUGCCAAUACUAACAAAUUGGUUCCUGAUACUAGUUUUACGCUAGCAUCAGGAGGAAUGGUAACCAAUCGGGUUGUUUCAAAGAAAAGGGCAAAAAAGGAUAGAAGAAAUAUGAAGUAUAUCAAAGCCAGAAAUGUGGAUAAAUCGAAGUUACUAGUGGAUCUACAGGCCAAGCAAGAUAACAUGGAUGUAGACUUAGAAGAUGAUAAAAAGGACACCAUCAGAAGUGCACUCUGGUGUUUGGCAGAAGAUACUACGACCAAGAUGUUUAAGAUAGAUGCUUCAGGCGAAGGAACUACAUUAGGAGGACCGUCGUAUUAA